AUGUACACAACCGAACGUCGUCCUUCUAUGGCGGAACGCAGACCAACGAUCGUAGCGAUGAGUGCACAAAGUGUAGUUCCUCAUUUAGCUGGGAUUGAAGAUCCUUUACCCGAUACGACCCCUGAAAAGGUUGACGUUUUAAUCGUGGGUACAGGUAUGGUUGAAUCUGUGCUUGCGGCAGCACUUUCGUGGCAAGGUUCAAGUGUUUUGCACAUCGACAGAAAUGACCAUUACGGUGACAGUUCAGCAACCUUAACUGUUGAUCAGAUUAAGAAAUGGGUAAACUCUGUCAAUCAGGGUUUAUUUUCAGGUUGUUACGAUAAUGCUAAACUAUACGUUUCCACCAGUAUCGGAAAUCAUAAUGGGAAAUAUGCGUCAAGAGACUUUGGUAUUGAUUUGGCUCCAAAAGUUUUAUUCGCUAAAUCCGAUCUGUUAUCUAUUCUGGUUAGAUCAAGGGUCCAUCAAUACUUAGAAUUUCAGUCGUUAUCAAAUUUCCACACUUUUGAGAAUGAUAACUUUGAGAAAUUGACAAAUACGAAACAAGAAAUCUUUACGGACCAAAAAUUACCACUAAUGACGAAACGUAAUUUGAUGAAAUUUAUCAAAUUUGUAUUGAAUUGGGAAGAGCAGCCUGAAGUUUGGAAACCUUAUGCUGAUACACCCCUUUGCGAUUUACUAGUUGAGAAAUUUCGUCUUGAAAAAGCACAAGUUUUUGAGUUAAUGUUUUCUAUUGGUCUUUGUUAUAAUAUGCAAACUAAAACUCCAGAAGCGCUGCAAAGGAUUCGUCGAUAUUUGAGUAGUUUCGAUGUCUACGGCCCAUUUUCAGUGCUUUAUUCCAAAUAUGGUGGUCCUGGUGAAUUAUCGCAAGGUUUUUGCAGAUCGGCUGCUGUUGGUGGUGCAACGUAUAAACUUAACGAAACUUUAACUUCUUAUGACCCUAAUACAAAGAUGGCGCUUUUUGGAGACGGUUCUCAAGUUUACGUUACAGAGAAAGUUGUAGCGUCACCAUCGCAGGCUCCUAAAGAUAGUCGAAACAUUCCAAAUCAAAAAUACGAAGUUCAUAGGUUAACAUGUGUGGUCGAAAAAUCAUGCGAGCAAUGGUUUAGUGAAGGUGAGUCUGCAGCUGUGAUUGUCUUCCCACCAGGCUCAUUAAAAUCUGGUAACGUUGAAGUGGUACAAGCAUUUAUAUUAGGAUCAGGUAGUGAAAUAUGUCCCGGGGGGACGAGUGUUUGGUAUUUAUCCACGAUGCAACAAGGAUCUCGUGCGGAAAUGGAUCUCGACGCUGCCUUGGAGGCUAUGGAAGCUAGUCUCAUCAGGGAAUCAUCAACAGAUUUAGAGCACGAUGACUCUUUAGUACAGUUUGGUCCUAAUGGAGAAACUUUAAUCAACUCAGUUAGGUUGGGACAGUCUUUUAAACAAUACGUGCCUCGAGAAAGGAUACAGUUCCUUCUAAAACUUUAUUAUACCCAAUACACUUCGACACCACCAUUUAAUGUAGUGGAUCCAUCAUUUUUUGAUAUCAACAAUAUUGAUGGCAAUGGUAAACUAAUACCGGGGGCUUCUGAUAAUGGUGUUCUCUAUACUGCAAUGCCAUCGGGUGAAAUCUCUUACGAUGAAGUGGUAACAGCUGUUAGAGUUUUGUACGAAAAGAUUGUUGGUAGUGAUGAUGAUUUUUUCGAUUUAGAUUUUGAAGAUGAAGAUGAAGCACCAAUGAAUAAAGCUGAUUAUGAAAAUGCGAUUGAAGAUGACGAAGAUGUGGAUAUGAAUGUGGGAAGACACGAAUCUGCGGAAUUCGUGGGUGAAAUGGAAAUAUGA